UCUGCUUUCGUUCAGUCAAAUCAAGCAGCUCGUAGUACCCGCCACUUCCACCGCCGAAGUUCGAGCUCCGAUUACCGUCAGUGCCAUAGAGUUAGGGUUCCGGCGAGGAAAAUGGACAGCGAGGACUGGAGGAAGGAGAAACUUGCGCUAGUGCUCAUCGUCGUCCUCGCUGUCCUCGCAACUUCCUCGCUGCUGAUCGCGUUUAGUUACUACUGCUAUAUUCGCUACAAAGUCUCCAUCCACCGGAAGGCAUUGAGAAGUGAGGUUGAAGAGGAGGGUAAUGCCGUGGGUGGUGACAGCGGCGAGGUUAGAGCUGUGGUAAGCGAGAGGGGUGUUCAGGUGUUCACGUACAAGCAGCUCCAUAUGGCGACGGCCGGGUUCGGUAAGGCCAAUAUCGUUGGUCAUGGAAGCUUUGGUUCGGUGUAUAGGGGAGUUCUUCCUGACGGGAGGAAGAUCGCCGUUAAGCUUAUGGAUCGCCCCGGGAAGCAGGGGGAAGAGGAGUUCAAGAUGGAGGUAGAGCUACUCACUCGUCUCCGGUCUCAAUAUUUACUGGGACUGAUUGGCUACUGCUCCGAUAGUCAUCACAGAUUACUUGUGUACGAGUUCAUGGCUAAUGGUGGACUCCAGGAGCACUUAUACCCAACUGCAGGUUCCUGUGGUGGUGUUUCAAAGUUGGACUGGGAAACACGGAUGAUAAUGGCUCUUGAAGCUGCAAGAGGGCUGGAAUACCUUCAUGAGCGUGUUAGCCCGCCUGUAAUUCAUCGAGAUUUCAAGAGCAGCAACAUCCUCUUAGAUAAGAAUUUCCAUGCCAAAGUUUCUGACUUUGGCUUAGCCAAGCUUGGACCUGAAAAAGCUGGAGGCCAUGUUUCCACACGAGUUUUAGGAACACAAGGAUACGUUGCGCCAGAAUAUGCUUUAACUGGACAUUUGACAACAAAAUCAGAUGUGUACAGCUAUGGAGUUGUGCUCUUGGAACUUCUUACAGGCAGGGUUCCUGUUGAUAUGAAGAGGCCUCCUGGAGAAGGUGUCCUGGUAUCCUGGGCUCUCCCUAAACUUACAGACAGGGAGAAAGUCGUUCAAAUCAUGGAUCCUGCAUUGGAAGGCCAAUAUUCUAUGAAAGAUGCCAUACAAGUUGCAGCCAUUGCAGCUAUGUGCGUACAACCUGAAGCUGAUUACAGGCCUCUAAUGGCGGAUGUUGUGCAGUCAUUAGUCCCACUUGUGAAGCAGAAGAAGACAGCCAGUAAUAUUGGAAAUUCUUCUGCUGGCCAAACACCCAAGCCUCCUGGAACUCCUGAGGCUGGUAAAUGAUAUUACUACUUAUCGAUUAGUUAUAUAUAUACAUAUACUGCUUCUGUUACUUGGGAAUGGAGUCUUCUUUCUGUUCUAAUUUACUGUUAUGGGCUUCAGACUUCAGAGGCUGUUGAGCUGAGUAAUUUGAUAAGCUGAAUGGUCUCUCCUACUAAUUAUUAGAAUUUUAUGGAACAAUUUUUGUCUGGAUUAUUCGA